AUGACGCCGCUUUCAGUUGAUGACAAAGUGCCGGUUUCAGUUGACCAAGUUCGUCUCAACGAGCAUGACCUCGCCCUGUUUGUAAAGGACAAUCUCAGCGACGAAAACAACGCUCUGAGUAUGAAAACCGUUGCAUCCUCUGUUGACCCCCUCGAACUCCCUACACUGCUGGCCCGAAUACCCUCCGACAGAAGUUCGCCAUCACCGCAUACCACGCGCCAGUAUGCAAGCUCCUCCAGGUCAUCGACUGUCCCGCCUCUUGAAGACGAGGAGUACCAGGCCAGGUGCUACCAAGCCCUCCUUGAUGACGGUUGCAGGCCGCUCUUUCCCCUCAGUCUCCUACCGCAAGUCUCUACGGAUCCGGACGCAUAUCGCGAUAUGUUGCGACCGUGGACGGAAUAUCCCGACACACCGAGUCCGCAGGAUUGGGGGGUGUUCUCCAGACAGCUGUGCCGCUGGAAGGAAUAUCGCGCUUGGCAACUGGUCAACAGGCGGCUGACUGUCGGGUUCUCCGAAUAUCUCGAUGAGGAGCGGCGCCAUUAUGAAAUGAUGGGGGCAUACAAGGUCACAGCCGACCCUAAUUUCGAGAAGGAG